AUGUUCUAUAAGGAUCCAAUCAUGAAAGUAACGUACACCAAGCCAAAGAGUAAAAAGAUUCUUACUGUGCAUCUCACUAGAAAAUAUGACAAGGGUGAAUACCCUUCGAAGGCACUGUGUCCUGAUCUUGUUAAGAACAGAUACAACAGAUGGCUUGAAAUUGCUAACAUCAUUAAGGGACAUCAGGGAAUCCAUUCUCAAGAGUUAUAUUUGGCCUUGAAUUUAAUGAUGAAUAAGGUUUGGAAUCUAAACCUUGUUCUUACUGAUACCUCAACCUCAUAUUCUACCUCUAAUCAUCCACCCACCACUCUAUCAAGAAUUAUAUAA